UUUAGUUGUUCACAAUCUAGAAACGUUUGUCUGGAAAAUGGUUAAGUUGUUUGUGUAGAUUAUUAACAGAAGUGUUUUUGGACCCAAAUGGAUACACCGCUUACGACGGUUUGAGUUUUUAAGAGUUGCUAAAACUAAUUUAAUGUGAUCGUGAGAUCUGGUUGCGGUUCGAGUUUGUCAUCAUGGAUGAUGGAAGCGCGGAGACUGAAGCGCUCAUCGGGAUCUCGAGUGAAGAUGGUCGGUCUCACUUGGACGCAAGAAACACGGCUGCUGAGUUCAAAGUUUACAAAAGGAGAUGGUUCAUCUUAUUUGUACUCUGCCUGCUAAACUGUUCUAACGCAAUGGCAUGGCUGACUUUUGCACCUGUGGCCGACCAGACAGCACAAUAUCUGCGAGUCUCUCUAAAUCUGGUCAACUGGCUGUCGCUAGUCUAUAUAGUGGUUGCUGUCUUCUUCAGUUUGAUCACAACAUGGGUGCUGGACACACUGGGACUGCGCUUCUCGCUAAUCAUGGGCUCAUGGCUCAACAUGUUGGGCGCUAUCCUGCGUGUCAUUGGCAUGUUGAGCUGCAUCCCAGAGCGGGCCAUUUUCCCUAUGGUCAUGGGGGGCCAGACGUUGUGUGCCUUCGCCCAGCCUUUUGUCAUCUUUGCCCCCACCAAGCUGGCCGCUCUCUGGUUCCCUGAUCACCAGAGGGCCACAGCUAACAUGAUGGCUUCCAUGGCUAAUACUGUUGGGCUGCUCUUAGCGAAUAUCUUCUCUCCAAUGAUACUUAGUUACACCAAUACUCUUUUCAUGCUGCUCUUGAUAUAUGCUAUACCUGCCACCAUAGCCUGUUUCCUAGCAACAGUGGGGAUCCGUGAACGCGUUCCCCCCACACCCCCUUCUGCCAGCAUGGUGACCUCCAGCUCUGAACCUUUUCUACAGGGGGUGAAACUGCUGCUGACAAACAAAGCAUAUGUGUUCCUGCUGGUGUGUUUUGGUUCAGGAAUAGGGGUAUUCACUUGCUUUUCCACCUUACUGGAGCAGAUACUUUGUGUUAAGGGCUACUCCAAUGACUUUGCAGGACUGUGCGGUGCAGUUGCUAUUGUAUUCGGUGUUUUGGGUGCUUUUCUCCUCGGCCUGUACGUGGACAAGACCAAGAAGUUUACAGAAGUCACUAAAAUAAACAUGUGUCUGACAUCACUGGGCUGCUCGGUUUUUGCGGUGGUUUCCCAGUUAAGUGAGCAGAAGUUCAUCAUUGGUGCAGUAUGUGCGUGGUUUGGAUUCUUCGGGUACUCUGUAUAUCCCAUCGCAAUGGAGCUCGGAGUUGAAUGCUCGUACCCUGUGGGUGAAGCAACAUCCUCUGGAUUGAUCUUCGUGUCUGGACAAAUUCAGGCUGCCCUUUAUCUGCUCCUGCUACAAGCUCUGGCCAAACCAAUGGCAGAAUCUCCAUUAUCUGUAUGUGCUACUGGAACAGAUGCCAAUUUGAGCUGGACAGUGCCAGUGCUGGUGAUGGCAGGCCUGUGUACUCUGGGCACCUGCUGCUUUGUUGGCUUUUUCCACACGGAUUACCGGAGACUCCGUGCGGAAGCCACAGCCUCACCAAAUAGAGUGACAGACCAGUCAACAGGAGGAGACACCUGGGCAAACAGCACUGAUGCAUAAAGAGACGGACUGAACUAACGGCAAGAAAAACCACUGAUGACAGUGUUUACGCACACUUUAAAGUCUUUUACCUCAUUAACACUGAAAAUGUGUCUUAAAUGCAACUUUGUGCAGAAGUGGUACCACCUCAACACAAUUAAUGUUACAUAAAACCAAACUCGUUAUG